AUGCAUUGCUUUACCUAUUUCCAUCAAAACCUUUAUUUUUAGUAGUAAUACAUCCAACAGUAGAUGCUCAUGUAUAAUCAAAUGUUAAAGUACUUUAAUAUUCUAAUAUUAUAGUGCUUAAGCCUUUCAAAAUUAGCUUUACUAAUCAGCCAAUAACUAAUUACCAAAUUAAGCCGAAUUUCUAUACUCUUAACUUUCAAAAAAUGAGGAUACUCCCCUUAUUUAAGCAAAAGCCAGCAUUCCUGCAAAAAAAAAAAUUAUUAGAGCUCCUAAAAAAUAAUUGGAGCAAGUGAAUGACCAAAAUAAACCAUAAAAGAAGAAAGUGUUUCUUUCAAUGUUGGACAUUAGAGAAGUAUAAUAUAAAAAGUAUAAUCUUUAAAUAAUGUAGAUGCAAAUGUUCAAAUGAGGAAAUAUUACAAAAGAAUACAACUUCAUCAAAUGAAGUGAAUGAGUGA